AUGACUGAACCCUGUCAGGUCACCUCUCCUGUUCCCACCUCCUCUCAUCCUUCCCUGGUCCAGCCCACUGCUUCCCCAGCUUCCAGCCCAGAGCCUGGGUACACAGGAGAUGCUCAGUGCAAAACCGUCCGACAAAAGGGUACGAAUGAGCUGGAUAGAAAGGGAUACAGGGGCCUAGAAGCUGGGGAGCUCUGUGCGAGCAGAAGAAUGGAGACCAGAAUCUGCACAGAGGCAAGAAAGAGCCCACUGGGGUACGAUACCAUUACCAAUCAAUGGGAGGCUGUGGCCCCUCUGCCCAAGGCCGUGCACUCCGCAGCAGCCACAGUGUGUGGCGGCAAGAUCUACGUGUUUGGUGGUGUGAACGAGGCAGGCAGAGCCGCAGGUGUCCUACAGUCUUACGUUCCACAGACCAACACAUGGAGCUUUAUCGAGUCCCCAAUGAUUGACAACAAGUACGCUCCCGCCGUCACCCUCAACGGCUUCGUUUUCAUCCUGGGCGGGGCUUAUGCCAGAGCCACCACCAUCUACGACCCUGAGAAAGGGAACAUUAAGGCAGGCCCAAACAUGAAUCACUCUCGCCAGUUCUGCAGCGCUGUGGUGCUUGAUGGCAAGAUUUAUGCAACUGGCGGCAUUGUUAGCAGUGAGGGGCCUGCCCUGGGCAACAUGGAAGCCUAUGAGCCCGCGACCAACACGUGGACCCUACUCCCCCACAUGCCCUGCCCUGUGUUCAGACACGGCUGCGUUGUGAUAAAGAAAUAUAUUCAAAGCGGCUGACAUCGGCAGAAAGCCCACGUCGAGUCUGGACAAGUCUGGUGAGGCAGAUGCUACUCACGGUGAUCAAUGUUCAGCAACACCAAUAAGAGGCCGAUAGACACAAUCGAAGAAAUCACUGCGCUAAACAUUUUGAAUACUCUCUACAUUGAAUGUAGAAAAUCAUCCUCGCCUUUGGGGGAAACGGGGGCAUAGUGCUCCGAGC